AUGGCUUAUGUAAAUGUUUUAAUCUCACACAGUGGUCACGGUUACACCGGCGAUGCUAAUUCGGAAGAAGAUCUCGACAGCCGCGACAUCGAAUGUGAUAAGCCUUGGGCAAUUUGUAAGUUUCUCCAUGGUUUGCUUACACCUAUCGAUGUUGUCCAGAAUCUGCGCCUGUCUGGUACAGUCGUCAUGGCUCUUGCGAAGUCCAGAGCUCAGCAGGCUCAUGUUCCUCCCGCAGCAGCGCAAAACACGCAGAGUGAAUUCGGUGCCCCAGUCCAGCUCGGCGACUUCCGGCAAAUCUGUGAGCUCGUUCAUAUGCCUGACGGCGAACAGGGCGAGCAAGUUGUAUACCUCCUCGUCGCCCGUCAUUCCAUGGAUGGUUUGGACCAGAGUAGGAAACAUCUCGAGGCGCCAGUGGCUCCGAAGCAGGUGUUGCAGUUUGGCUCUGGAGAGCUCCUUGAGCUUGGUGACUUGAUAGUAAUCAGCAGCGGCGUUGACACGGACAUGGUGAAGAAACGACUCUAUCUCGAUCUUCGGCACAGACGAAUUACUCUUCGGCUUUUCAAUUUCACUCUUCGCUGGUUUCGCCUAUGGGGUCUGUAG